AUGAAAUUCGCGGCCCUUUUCUCUCUUGCCGGCAUGGCCCAGGCCAUCACCAUCGGUGUGUUUGAGAACCAAAAGAACGGCGGUGGCCAGUUUAAGGCUUUUGCCACUCCCGCUGCCACCUGCAGAAACCUUGUGGGCAACGACGCCUACUGGAAUGACCGCAUCAGCUACGUUCAGAUCCCUCCCAACGUGCUGUGCCAGUUCUGGGAUGAUAUCAACUGCAAGGGAGGUAGCUUGGUCAUCCCCGCGAGCAGUGGCGGCGUUGAUGUCAACAUCCCCGCCAACCACAACGACAAGAUCAGCUCAUUUGCUUGCUACAACAAGUAG